AUGGUGACAACGGACGAUCUUUUCGAGGUUUUUGGCGAUGGGCGGGGAUCACAAGGUCUUUCUUGUAUUUGGAAUAUUGCCAGGAGGGAUGUGGAAGUUCCUCUGAAUUCUCCAAAAGAACUUCUUCUUGAUAAACAUGUACAGUUUAUAGUAAAAAGUGGAGAAAACACCGAAAGCUAUGUAAGUCUGAUCAUAAUUGUUUAACUAGUUUAGGAAUACAUUGUUACCGAAUAUCUGCGAGUCAGUGGGAUCUAUUGGUGUGUGGCUUCGUUAGAUAUAGCGAAUAAAAUGGAUGAACAGGACCCAAAACACGUGGAGAAUAUUAUUAGUAUUAUAACUGAAUCAAAGAAUUUGGAUGGAGGAUAUGGGGCUUCCAAGGGGCACGAUAGUCAAGUUCUGCAUACACUUUGUGCCCUCCAGGUUCUCACAAUCCUCAAACGAACUGACAUUAUUCAUAAAGAUUCCAUUGUCCAAUUUAUUAAGAACCUUCAAAAUGAAGACGGCAGUUUCCGUGGAGAGAUUAGAAGCAGUAAGUGAAUGUUUAUAUAAUCUGACCUGUCUCUUCUUUGUUUUGUUAUGUAAUUACGCCUAUUACGGGUGUUGAUGAUUUAAUCGGACAAAGGAAUUGUUGUGGAUCUGUUGCGUAAUGUGUCGCAAAAUAACGUAAUUAUAUUACAGAAGAGAUUGACACCCGUUUUACGUUCUGUGCCCUGCUUUGUUUGUAUCUGAUUGACCGUUUGGCUGAAGUCGAUGUCAAUAAAGCCGUUCAUUUUAUUGUCAGUUGUUACAACUUUGAUGGUGGGUUUGGCAGGAGACCUGGAUCAGAGAGUCAUUCUGGCCAGGUUUAUUGCUGUGUGGGGACCUUGGCCUUGACAGGAUGUCUGGAGUAUAUAAAUAUUGAUAGGACUGCUCAAUGGCUGGCUGAUCGUCAAUGCCCUUCAGGCGGAUUAUGUGGUGCGUUUCUUUUAACUUAUGACUUUUUUAUUUUAAAGGGAAUUACAACGUAUUUGUAAAAGAAUUCCUUUUUUUCGUUUCUGUGAAUCCCAUAAAUCAAGCUGACACCUUUUCGCCACGCAAAGAGAUCAUCAAGGUUACGGUAAUGCUCUUCUUUUACAGGCCGACCCGAGAAAUUACCCGACGUAUGUUAUUCAUGGUGGGUGGUGGCAUCACUGGCUAUCCUUGGGCGUUUGCAUUAUAUUGACAAGGUGUGCAUUCACCAAAAAAUUUACUUUCUUUAGGCCGAUCUGACUCGAUUUAUUUUGGCAGCUCAAGAUGAUGAAACCGGGGGAAUUGCUGAUCGGCCUGGUGAUAUGGUAAAUGAUUUUGCUUUCAUUUUUUGUACAAAUAAUUAAUUGUCUUUUUAGCCAGACCCUUUUCAUACCGUAUUUGGCCUUGCUGGUCUUAGUCUUCUUGGCCAUCCCGAUCUCGAAACCGUGGAUCCGAUCUUGUGUAUGACCAGGAGAUCUCUGGGAUCCCUCAGCUUCAUUUAA